AAUAAUGAUGAUAAUAAUGAUAAUAGGAUUGAUAAUAAUGCAUCCUCUUCAAUGCACGUAUCCUACAAGGAGAUGACAAAAAUCAACAAAGCUGCGGAUUUUACAGAAAAGAAUUCAGACUACGGUAACACCGACGAGGUAAUUUCGCUAGCAGAUGCAUUGGACAUAAUAAAAUCUGUAAUACGCGAAAACUAUAAGAAAACAUUGACGGAAAUCGUUAAUGCAAGUGACGCCCACGGUAGAAUAUUGGCUGAAGAUAUAUAUUCCGAACACAAUGUGCCGGCAUUCACAACUGCCGCUAAACAUGGAUAUGCGGUAUUAGCCAGUGACGGGCAGGGUAUAAGGAAAAUACUGAGAAAAGAUUCGGAGAAAAAUCCGAAUGUAAUCCGAUCUGGCACAUGUAUGUGGAUAAAAACUGGAGCACCUAUUCCCGAAGGAGCAACAGCGGUCGUACCAUUGAAUGAUGUCAGAAAAGUAGACUAUAAUGAUAGUAAUAAAGAAAACAAUGGUAGAAAUAUUAAUGAUUGUGAAAAAAAAUUUGAUAUCGAAAUCUUAACCACUCCGCAAGAAAAUGAUAAUAUUAAACCUGUGGGCUAUGACAUAAAGGAAGGAAUGCACGUUCUACAGGAAUGCACUCGUAUCGGGCCAGCAGCAAUGAGUAUUUUGGCAUUAUGUGGACGUGAAAAAGUUAUAGUUUUUAAAGUUCCAUCCGUAGGUAUAUUAUCCGUCGGAGAUGAAUUGGAAGAACCUGACACCUGCCCUUUAAAAUCAAAAUGCGUCUAUGAUGGUAAUAGGAGAAUGUUAAUGUUAUUAUUAAAGGAACAUGAUUUCAAUCCUGUAGACUACGGAAUUUCGCCUUAUAAUAAUGCAAGUAGCUUAAUAUCAAACAUUCAGAGAGCGAUAAAAGAAGUGAAGGUACUUGUAAUAUUAGACGGUACGAACAACAAAGAUAUAGUGAAACCUGUUUUAAAGGGACAUUUUAAAGCUAAUAUGUAUUUCGAUCGCGUGAAUAUAAAACCAGGAAAAUCGACCGCAUUAGCAAAAAGUACGUUCGAGAACGAAGAUAAAUAUUUCUUUUGCAUGUCGGCAAGUCCAUCAGUCAUAUCCAUCAUCGCGCAUGUAUUGCUUCUACCAUUUUUGAACGAACUGCGCUGCAACUUUUCCUAUCAAUUCCCCAUCAUGCAGUCUUACUUAGAGUCAAAGACCAAAUUGCAUCAGCGUCCGCAACUUUCAUGGGCGAAAUUAGAAUGGAACGAUCUAGACACAUUUCCAAGGGCUUACACUCCCACAAGCAAUAUAGGACAUUGUUAUAACAUACUCAAAUAUGAAAAAUCUAAUGCAAUUCUAAUUUUGCCGCCUCGUUCACAGCACGCAACAGAAUUAUUCUCGGUAUACGUAACGACACUUUUAUUGAAAUAACUUCCACCAUAUUUUUGAUGGAUUAUUGCCAAUCAACAUUAGAUUUAUAUAUAAUAUUCAUUUGAAUUCGUUGAAUUUUAUGUAAUAGAUAUUUCAGAAAAAUAUAGACAGAAAGAAAUUGGAAGAAUAUAAAAUAAAUAUAAAAUGAAUUAUUCCGUAGAUAUCAAGUGAUGUUCGUCUCAAUUUUUCAUUUUGCAAUUUAAUUGCCGAACAUAAUUUAAAGUAAAAUUCUUAUUAGAUUUUAUUAAUUCUAUUCAUCUAGAAUUUAAAGUCGGUUUUUUUUCAGAAAAAUAAACAUAAUUUAUAUGUAUAUUACCAGUUUUAUUUACCAGUUUUAUUUAUAUUCAUUUCACCUCUCCGAAAAGCCUCUCAUGAAAUCAUCUGUAAAGUUCUUUGAAAAUCAGUACCAUCUCUUGAUAUCGUUGCUGAGAAAAAUAAGCUUUCGGAAAAGCUUCCAUAUUCUUCGCCGAACAUAACUUUCUUAUAAUGCGAACUUUAUUUAUAUAAUGCGAUAUCAUAAAAAACCAUAUUUUGUUACAUCACUGUUUUUAUAAUUUUGUAAUGUAGAUAUAUAUAAUUGCAUCUCAAUAAAAAUGCUGAUAAUGCGUUAA